AUGGCAGUGCUCGGUCACACUGCAUUGCUAACGCGCCAUCAAAGUGUUUUGUUUUUACUCUUUUGUUAUUUAGGAUCAAGAGUUACGCUUGUAAAGCUUACUUGCACUAUGUAUAAACAAUUUAAAAAACGUUCGAAGAAACCUCUGAACACGAUCGAUGAAAACGCGACCAUGAAAGUGCCCCGCCUGGCAGAGACGACCACAAAUGUUUCAGUUGAGUCCUCAUCCGGUGGGAGCGAGGAUAACAUACCCGCCUCCCAGGAGCAUACGCAGCGCUUUCUGUCGCAGCACAGUGCGAUCCUGGCCGCCACUCUUGGUCGCACGCAAUCCUCGAACCGGAACAUUGCCACGCUCUCCCGGCAACCGAACAACUUCUUCGAACUGGUUCUGGUUCGAGCCGGUGUCCAGUUGGACCAGGGUGAUAGUCUGAUAAUGGCCUGCGAUCAUGUAUCCAUUGUCUCCAAGCUGCGUGACAUCUUUACGAGUGCCUCCUCCUAUACCGACAAAAUGGAGACAUUCAAGACGGGUCUGAAUGCUUCCAUGGCGCCCGGAUCAAAGCUGGUGCAGAAGCUUCUAACCGGCUGCACCGUGGACGCAGCUGGCGAGGAGCAGAUCUACCAGUCCCAGAACAGCAUGUUUAUGAACUUCCUUAUGAUCGACUUCAUGCGAGAUGCCUGCGUGGAGGUGCUGUUGAACAGGAUCGAGGAGGUGGCUAAAGCCGACCGAGUCAUCAUGGGUAAAGCAGCUAUUCCCUUGCCACUGCUACCCCUGAUGCUGACUCAACUGCGCUACCUGACUGCCUUGCACAAGGUGGAGAUCUACAGUCGCAUCGAGGUAAUCUUCAACAGGGCCACGGAAUCGGCAAAGCUUGACAUCAUAGCCAAUGCUGAGUUGAUACUCGAUGCCAGCAUGCACGAUGAGUUCGUCGAGCUUCUCAACAUUAACUAUUCCAGCACUGAAGACCUUUUCCAUAUGACCACGGUGCAAACUCUUAGUAACUUAUUUCUUUCGGACAGAACGCAGGCCAAGUUACGACUGCGCAUUUUGGACUUCGCCACAAGUGGUCACUGCCCCGAUGUGAACUUGCCGCAUCUUAUAAGGCUGCUGCUAAACGUUCUGAAAAUAGACACAGAUGACAGCGUGCGCGACGUAAGGCUCUUCCUUUUUUCCCUAUGCAUCAAGUUUCAGUUCGUUCAGUUUCAGUUGAUAGGCAGCUUGCGAGAAAUCUUCAACUGGCGUCACACAACUGUGAGGGAAGAAAACUCAACAACAGGCGACAGUAAGAAGUCUCAGCUGGAACUUUUUGGCUUUCUAGAACUAGCAUUAUUACGCUCGAAAAAGUUUUAUCAAGCAUGCCAGAGGUCAUGUGCUAGUGUGCCUGCUGAAGAAUUUACCUCCUUCGACCUGAUACUUCUGCUUUUGUUGAUACAUGUUAAUGAAGAUAACUCAUUAUACAUCGAAAACAUUCUUCGACGUCGCAUUAAAUUGGAGCAUAUAACAGUGGGCAUUUUGGAAGAGAUACGACUGCACUAUAGACACAUCCUGGAGCAGCACAUUACCACACUGAUGAACAUCCUUCACGACUUUAUGCGAGAGAAAAAUCGCACUGUGUCCGAUUUCGCGAAGUCUUCGUACAGUAUACUUUUUAAGACUUUCAACUCGAUCCAAAAAAAUAUCUUAAAAAAGCUUUUGGAGCUUACCUGUGACAAAUCAUCACCGCACCUGACAACAAUGGCACUGGAAUUGCUUCGUGAGCUUCAACGAAAGAGCGCCAAGGAUGUUCAGAAUUGUGCCACUCUUCUUAUUCCCAUGCUUGAUAGGAUAAGUGAUCUUACUCUUACACAAACCCGCGUUGCUAUGGACCUUUUGUGCCAUGUUGCGUUUCCAGGUCCGAACCUAUCGCCGUGCCUGCAACUCCAAGAGCAAGUCGAUAUGGUGGUUAAAAAGCAGCUGAUCAAUUCCAUUGAUAAUAUUAAAAAGCAGGGCAUAAUUGGCUGUGUGCAGCUCAUCGAUGCAAUGGCACGCAUUGAGAACGACGGAGUUGAGCGUAACGAGCUUAUAGCCAGCGUGGAAAACGUCGAUUCCUUGCCCGAUGGCCGAGGCAAAAUGGCUGCCAACUUAAUCAUACGCACCGAGUCAUCAAUAGGAAAUAGUACCGAGUCUUUAGCCCUGUUUUUUGAAGAACUGGCCACGGUUUUCAAUCAGCGCAAUGAGGGAAGCACCGGCUGUGACUUGGACUACCAAUUCAUUGCUUGGGUCUGUGACUUAGUGACAUUCCGAUUUCAGGCAAGUUUUGUCACAGAGGAUGUUCCCGAGACUUUAAAGGGAAUUAAACUGGAAUAUCAGUUAAAUAUCAAUGAAUUGGACGAUACAAAUGUAAAUACUGAAUCGGAUGUCCUUAAUAUUGGCAUAAAUAUGUCAAAACUGGUUUUAUCACCGAAAGCGAAACCUUGUGAUUCAAUAUACAUUCUGGCUCCUCUGUUCAACUGUGUCAGGGUGUUGUACAAACAUCGCCACCAUGACAGCUUAGAGAAUAUCAAUGCCUUGCUGGGCUGUGCCAUUGUGCUGCCUUCUUUCUUUGAGGAUGACAACUAUGUCCCCGUUUUUGACAACUUUGAGGCGGAACAGCAAAAGGACAUUCUGAGCAUUUAUUUUCAGACCAUCAAUUGGAUGAGGGUGUCGAUCAGUGCGUUUGCAUCCCAACGUGAUCAUCCUACUCGGCGUCGAGUUCUUUCCAGACUCGGAGAGCUAAUACGUAUCGAACAGAGAAUUAAGCCCCUCCUGGCUAGAGCGCCUGUCGACUUCGUGGCACCGCCAUAUCAAUUCCUCACCAACGUCAAGCUCUCGAACCAGAAUCUGAAACGUCCAGGACCUAAACCAGCUGCCAAAAUAAACACAACGCUACCAGAACCAGAUUUAAGUGGUAAUCAAACAACGAUCGCUGACUUUACUAUUAAGGUUGGACCGUGCAAGACCAUUAAGAUGAAGACCGACUUUGAGCAGAUGUAUGGGCCGCGAGAGAGGUACAGGCCAAUGGAAGUUGAAAUCAUCAUGCUGUUGGUCGAGCAGAAGUUUGUCUUGAGUCACCAGCUGGAAAAUGAGCAAGUGGGGGAGUUUCUUGGUCUCCUGGAGUUACGUUUCCUGCUGGAAGACGUGGUUCAAAAACUUGAAGCAGCAGUUUUUCGACAGACCGAUUUCUUUGAUGCGGACAGUUUUAAGCCGCAUUUGGCCAAACAGGAAGAUUUUAUUUGCGAUCUACUUCCAUGUCUAAAUGAGGUGAAUAAUCAUCUAAUAACCCUAGCUGAAGCCAUCGACAAUGAGCUUACGAAAGUCAAUCAUGUGUACAGCAAUCUGGAUCUGUUUAAAGAGCAAUUUUGCUAUAUCAAAUCGUGUUUUGGGCUGUGCGUCCGGCUGUUUGCCUUGUACUUCGCCUGGAGCGAGUGGAGUGAUAAGUCGCAGGAACAACUGCUCCAUAAGUCUUUGCUUAAACUACAGCCUAAAGCACAAUGGAAAAGACUAGAGAAGCAAAGUGUCCCUCAGCUGGCAACCCUGACUUUUCAAUACUUUCUGAAGUAUGAGAAAUCCGUAUUGAGUCUCAGUACUGCGGUUCAGAUUUAUCGAUUGCUGUGUAACUUGUUGAAACUGGGGAGUUUACAAAGUGAUGCUAGCCAACCGAGAUUUCAGCAAGCCGAGGAGUUACGGAUACUGUGUGGCACAUUGUUGCGACGUAAAUGGUUCCACUACGCUGGUACUUUGGACAAAGGCGGUCAAUGCAAUAUCUAUUUGGACGAGCUGAUCAAGGGAUUCCUAAAAAAAUCAACUUCCACGAGUCAAACCGAUCUCCUUAGUGAGUUGGUUAAGCAAUGCAGCAUACUCAAUACGAAGGACAAAGCCCUGAGUUCCUUCCCCAACUUCAAAAAGGCCAACUUCCCAUUACUCUUUCGCGGACUGUGCGAGGUUCUUAUUCACUCCCUAAGUGGUCAAGUUAGCGCCGAUAGACAUGGUGAUAGAUUGACACUGUGGGAGUCUGCAGUGGAUUUGUUGAAUGGCUUGCUCAGCAUUGUGCAGCAGGUGGAACAGCCCAGAAAUUUUGGGCUCUUUCUGAAACACUCCCUGUUAUUCCUUAAGUUGCUUCUUCAGCACGGAAUGUCUGCGCUGGAAUCUAUUGUUCGUGACGAUCCCGAAAGGCUAACAAGGUUUUUGCACGAGCUCCAGAAAGUGACACGCUUCCUGCAUCAACUGUGCUGCCAUUCGAAGUCAAUUAAAAAUACUGCUAUUAUCAGCUAUAUUCCCAGCCUUCGGGAGACGAUUGAGACGUUGGUCUUUCGAGUAAAAGCCCUUUUGGCCGCCAACAACUGCCAUUCUGCAUUUCACAUGGGAAAUAUGAUCAACAGGGAUCUCCACGGAGAUUCUAUUAUUACACCCACGAGUUCAUUCGCCGGCGAGGAAAACAGCGACGAGGAAUUACCUGCGGACGACACCAGCGUAGAUGAAACUGCCUUGGGAGAUGACAUGGGCAUCACAACUGUUAGCGUUAGCACGAGGCCGAGCGACGGCAGUCGUCGGAGCAAGUCCUCUUCCCGCAGCAAAUGCUUUUGAACAAUAAUUUAGCUUAAUAAGCUAAGGAUUUGAAAUAAAUCAGUGGCGUUGAAACCGA